UUCAAUAAAAGGCGUCCGAUUCGUGAGUCGCGUCAGAGAACCAGGAGCUACAACAAGAAGGGAUUUAUUACUGUUAUUUAUUCCCCAAAGAAGAAACUGAAACUCAGGAUGCAAAAGUGUAUCGGUGGAGUGUGUGUGUCUCUUAUUUUUUGCGCACUUCUCACGGAGACAAUCGGAAUGGUCAUUGCGGCAAAAGAGAAGAGAGGAUGGACGCUCAACAGCGCUGGCUAUCUCCUCGGUCCUCGUCGUAUUGAUCACCUUAUACAGAUUAAGGAUUCUCCCAGUGCAAGGGGGAGAGAAGAUCUGCUUGGUCAAUAUGCCAUAGAUAAUCACAGGAGCCUUAGCGACAAGCACGGACUGGCGGGCAAGAGAGAAAUGCCCAUGGAAGAGGAUUUCAAGACAGGGGCCCUGAGAAUAUCAGAUGAGGACGUUGUCCAUACCAUCAUAGACUUUCUUUCUUAUCUCAAAUUAAAAGAAAUCGGGGCUUUGGACAGUCUGCCUUCCUCUUUCACAUCAGAGGAGAUCAGUCAACCCUAACUUUGACCAAAUUCUGCAUUUACACACCCUGCGCCCGGCUGAACUCGGCU